ACAAAGGUUACAUAGUAUUACCGACUUUAUUUCUUUUUAUAAAGCAGUGAUAAACUCAUAACCCCCAAAUUUAAGAAUACCUAAUGGUCAGCUUGGUACCUCUUCAUAUUUACCUAAAAUUUCCAAACUAACGUUACACGAUAACUCAAGGCGCCGGAAGCUGCAAAUCAGAAACGCAAACGAGGCCGUCCCGUCAACGUGUCGCGCGACGACGGUGACGCGUCAGGAUCCCAACUCACCAUUUCGAAACAAGGCCGGUUAACUACAACUUCUGGAACAACGAGGGAAUCAGAUAUGGAAGAAUCAUCCCGUCCUAGGAAGCGCGGGCGCCCAGCAAACAUCGAGAUUUCAUCUCAAUCACAGCCCGAACCUAAACCUUCGCAAACACAGAAAGCUAAGAGGAAACGCGGGCCAUCACCGAUACCACAAGAUGGAAACGAUAGAGACGAAGAAGAAAGGGACCAGGAGAUAGAGACAGUACCUACCGAGCGAAGAAAACGCGGUCACCCUCAAGCUUCAACGAAUGCGAAGCCCAAUGUUCAAGAAGAGAAUACAUCUAAUGUGGCGGAUGAAAAUGCGCCUCGAAAUAAGCGUGGUCGGCCAACGAAAGGGGUAGAAGGGAAUAAGAGCAACGAGGUCGAAGAAGAUGAGGCCGACGACGAAAACGAGGGUGACUCAAGUCUUGUUCGACGGAGCGGACGAAUUCGCCGAUCGCCAAACUCUUCGAAUAAAGGGGCCCGAGAGACAGCAAAGCCAACAAACAAGCAGAAAUCGGACGAUCAACCAUCCCAUAAACUCCAAAAGAAAGGACGUCCUCCAAUAAAUAAACAGGGUGCGGCUAAUGUGGAACAAGAUGCUGCUCCCCCCCUAAAGAAAAGACGAGGCCGUCCUUCCCUCAUCAACCAACCCCCAGCAAAUGCAGAUACAGAAACCGACCCUGGGCCCCAAAGUCGGCUGAAGAAACGUAGCCGUCCACCACCAGCAGCAUCAUCUAAUGAAGAGGCUUCGUCAUCUACGAAAGGAAAGGGAAAGAAAUCCCAAGACGCGCCAGCACAAAACCAAGAUGAACCUGUAGAGGAGGAGAACCGCCCCAGAAAGCACAAGACACAAUCUAAUAAGACGUCCCCAAAAUCCAGGAGACGGAAACAGUCUCCAGACGCGCAAGACCGUUCAUCAUCACCCGAUUCCGCUACCUCUCCUCCCCGCUACCGACACCUCGCAACACGUACGCGCCGCGUCCCCCUCAACAUCAUCGAGUCGAAAUGGACAGCUCUCGAGCAGCCCGCCCUAGCGAGCGUAGCCUCUCUGCUCCAAUCCGCCUCGCGCCCCGUCCUCCUGCGCCUCAGCACCAACCCGCAACGACACACGCAAGCCUCGGCGGCUCUGAAUGCCGUGAGCAAGCGACUCUGCUCCAAAAUCGCGCGUGGCCUACCUUUUCCCCCGGCCACCACGUCGACCCGGCGCGAGGAGGAGUUCGAGUUCGAGCGCACCGUCUCCGGCAUCCAGGCUCUCGAGUCCCAGCUCGACCCCCUACUGCACAGCGUCGAGCUGCUGCGCCGCGAGAAGGAGCGCGCCGAAAAGGAGCUCGAGAGCGAGUAUAAGGCGCUCGCGCGGCUCGGGUCCAACGCGCAGGCCGAGGCGAGGGAGAGGAGGGAUCAGAUCCGGAAGAUGCACGUCUUGGUGCCCGAGAAGAAACCACUACGACCCGAGUCGGGGGUAGACUCCCUUGUGGGAGAAACUGUUCCCAUAGAGAAAAGCGCGGGCAAAGUGUUCGCCGGUCUGGACGAGGAGGAGGAGGAGGAGCUGGCUGGUCUGGCGGGCCAGAUCGCGAGCCACAUGGAGAGCAUGCGGGGGAACUUGCAGCAGAUCGACGGGGUCGUGCCGGCCAUUACAAAGAGUAGGGGACUGUUGAGAGCGGCGCUGCAGUCGCGUUUGGAUCGCGAGCAGUUGGAUAACAUCAUACUUGGCUAGCUUCAGGAACGUCCUUGGUUAGAUAACCUACCGAAGGUACCUGUAAUAGACCGUUGCCACAUCGUCCGGACGUGAAUAGAUUUAAUGUGGUUAAUCAGGUACUCGACACUUUUUGACAGGAGCGUAAGUCUUGGUAUCAUCUGUGAGUACACCUAAUUGUGUUGUAUUGCCAUGUCUUGAAUUAGGUACGUGUUGAUGUAUACACGCACUCUACUGUUAAAGAACCACAUAGGUGAUGAGAUGAGACAAUACUACUUACUCUGUUGGGUCAUGUCAAUUACCUCGACACUUUGACUAGAUAUUCUUUGUAUCAGCAAAAUGCUGAAAUCCCUCGACCUCUUUGCCAACUCUCUCUCUCAAAAAAAAGGGGCUAGCUAAGAAUAGCAUUGACACAC